AUUAGCUUCCUCUCUGUCUCUUUUUUUUUUUUAUUAAAUACCCAAAUAAAGAAAAAACACAAUGAAAAAGGGAGAAUGAAUAUUGAAGCAGUGAGUGGUCCUCUCCUCGUGUUAAAAGUUCAAACACUGCCCUAAUUCCAAAAAGAAAAAGAAAAAAGAAGAAUGAUUUGGUAAUUUAAAUAAGAUGCGGCGGAUCAAAGCUGUUAAUUAAUGGGUGAUGAGUGACUCAAGACAGCAGCUCGCGUGGUGUGGCUCAUCUAAAUCCGGGCGAGAGAGUAACAUACAAUCCAAGUCGAGGCGAGAAUUUGCUCCCAAAUGCCGAUGUGCAAUCCCUCUUCGUCUUCCACGCCCUCUGCCUCCAGUAAGUCGUGGAUUAUCCACGGCGUGGCGUUGGGGGCGGCGGCUGCCUUGGCUCUUGGCGCCCAUUACAUGUAUUUUAGGCGAUCCGGCAAGUUCCGGAGCCGGGUCGUCGGAAUUAUACCCGCCCGCUUUGCUUCUUCGCGCUUCCAGGGCAAGCCUCUCGUUAACAUCCUCGGCAAGCCCAUGAUCCAGAGAACAUGGGAACGAGCUAAAAUGGCAACCUCAUUGGACCAUAUUGUUGUGGCCACUGAUGAUGAGAAAAUUGCUGAUUGCUGUAGAGGUUUUGGUGCCGAUGUGGUAAUGACAUCUGAAUCGUGCAGAAAUGGGACAGAGCGUUGUAAUGAAGCGCUUAGCAAGUUGGAUAAACAAUAUGAUGUUGUUGUCAAUAUCCAGGGUGAUGAGCCGCUCAUAGAACCUGAAAUAAUAGACGGCAUUGUCAAAGCGCUGCAGGUGGCUCCUGAUGCAGUCUUCAGCACCGCAGUUACUUCUCUGAAACCUGAAGAUGCACAUGAUCCAAAUCGUGUCAAAUGUGUGGUGGAUAACCAUGGCUAUGCAAUUUAUUUCUCUCGAGGAUUAAUACCAUUUAAUAAGUCUGGGAAUGUCAACCCUGAGUUUCCAUAUUUACUUCAUUUGGGAAUUCAGAGCUAUGAUACAAAGUUUCUCAACAUAUACCCAGAGCUGCCUCCAACUCCACUUCAGCUGGAGGAAGAUCUUGAGCAACUGAAGGUUCUUGAAAAUGGAUACAAGAUGAAGGUGAUAAAAGUUGAGCAUGAGUCCCACGGUGUUGACGUCCCAGAAGAUGUAGAUAAAAUAGAGAGCUACAUGCGCGAAAGGAACCUGCAUUAGCUGUAUAAUUUUUCACAAGAUACAUACUGAUUUGGCAUCUGCAUGAUGCGCACAAAUGUUUUCACGCAUCUUCUCCUCGGCGUGUCCAUUUGUGAUUCUUGAAUAAAUAGUUUUCUUUUCUUCUUUUUCUUGCAGAGUAGUACUUCUUUUUCUUCUUUUCUGCAUGAUGCGCACCAAUGCUCUCAGAUGAAGACUUUGGGGGCAAGUACUUCUACAGAGUAACAACAUGAAUUUAUUUUAAUGUGGUCGUGUAUAUUGUGGCUGUAAUUUAAAUAUUUUCGUGGACUAGUGUAAAGGUAGUGUGGCUGGUUUGGUUUUUACUUAAAACUUUUAGUUUCCAGUCUUUAUAUAUAAUACGAUUAUUGAUUCAA